CGAUGCGCGGAAGAUGGCGGCCGCUGCGUGAUGCGCGUAACGCGUAAGAAGACUCGUAAGUCUAGUUUGGUCGGAAAAACAUGAAAGAACGACGGUAAAGAUACGUUGCGAAGCGCGACCCGUCGUGCGCCGAUACCGUGUAUGUACGUAGACAGGCCGCCCUCGUCGGCUUCCGCCUUGAAUCGCGGGGGUGCUGCUUUACGUUUUGUUUACGAUAAGCGAGCAGAAACGUUGGAGGAAGCCCUCUCUUCUCUCGCGCGCGGCUCCUUGACGGGUCGUCGUCGUUGUCGUCGUCGUCGUCGUCGUCGUCGUCGUCGUCGUCAUCGUCGUCGGUUCUUCCUGGGUACGCCGCGCGUUCGCGAUCUGCGAUCACUCACGGGGUGAGAGUGGCGAGACGCGUUUGCGAGGGGGGGUGGGGGGAAGGAAAAAAGGAAGACACACUCGGAACUCGGAGCGCGCGGAGACCCGGAGAGAGACUGGAGAGAUAAAGUGUUGCCGGACUUCGGCCCGGUGGGAAGACCAGUAGAGAUGCUGAAGCAAUUGCAGAUGGGAAUGAGAGCUUUCCUCUUAAUGGCCUCCCGUGUGUGGACCUGCAUCUGCUUUCUACUCAAGAAGCAGGUUAGAGCCAUCUCGCAGAUGCAACCAGUCAAAUAUGAAAUCUUCCCACUUUCACCUUUAUCUAGGCACAGACUUAGUAUAGUUAAGAGAAAAGUAUUAGUAUUGGAUUUAGACGAAACGUUAAUUCAUUCUCAUCACGACGGAGUGGCAAGGCCGACUGUCAGGCCCGGUACCCCUCCUGAUUUUGUUCUUAAGGUUACAAUAGACAGACAUCCUGUUAGAUUUUUUGUUCAUAAAAGACCGCACGUAGAUUUCUUCUUGGACAUUGUUAGUCAGUGGUACGAGCUUGUAGUCUUCACUGCAUCCAUGGAAAUUUAUGGGGCAGCAGUCGCAGAUAAACUAGAUAACAACAGAGGUAUCUUGAGGCGCAGAUAUUAUAGGCAACAUUGUACACCUGAAAUGGGUUCCUAUACCAAAGAUCUGUCUGCAAUCUGCUCAGAUCUCUCUUCAGUCUUUAUUCUUGAUAACAGCCCAGGAGCUUACAGAGCUUAUCCUCAUAAUGCGAUACCUAUAAAAUCAUGGUUCAGCGAUGCGGGAGAUACAGCUUUAUUAAGCUUACGUCCGUUCUUGGACUCUCUUCGUUUCACGCAGGAUGUACGAUCCGUUCUUUCAAGGAAUUUACAUUUACAUCAUACUUGGUAGCAUAGUUGAGAUUAAGCGAUACACUAGAUAUUCUAGAAAUGAAGCUGUUAACAGUUUCAGUUAGUGUGUCUAGUUUAGGAUUAUUAUUGUUAUUGAUAAUAGCAACAUAUUAGAUCGCUGCCCGUAUAAUGAGAAACAAUGAGAGACCUCCUUCUUCAAUCCUUGUUUUUUCUAUACUCGACAAACAGCGGCGAGUAAAUAUCGAAGGGAGGUCAUGUAUGCAGCCAAUAAUUAUGUCGGCACAAAACAUCCUAGGAUAAUUCUUUAUGUUGUACAGUCCCCAUGUGUGCAAAAUCGUGAAAUGAAUCUUUUUUUACUUUCUCUGUUAUGUAAAUCUUUGCCAAAGACCGAAAGAUACGAAAAUAAGAUAGAACUGCUUGCCAGCAGGAUUUUUCGUUUUAGGUAAGGAUUACUUAAAGUUUUUAUUUAUAUAUGUAUUCUGGUGGCACACAUUACGGAAGGAGGAAGAAGAAAGGAAUAUCGAAAUGCAGUACUUUUGUUAUUGUAUAUUUUUCACCUAGGAUGUAUAGAGAGAGAAUUGUACACUAAGUCAAAGGAUUCUGCUGUAGCUCACUGUAUCAGUGAGGCAGCUGUCCUGGUUAUCUAUAAUAAGAAGUAUUAAUAUAAAACCAGGAAAAAGAGAGAAUCACACCUGUUCUCAUCAAAACUUCCGUGAAAUGAAAUAUUACUAUAAUGAUCUAUAAUGUUGAUUACAUUGAUUGUGUUAGUAAGCGCUCUAACAAGGGGAGUUUAUGACAUUCACGAUUCACCAAUACUUUUGCUCUUUUUUUUAUAUGACGCGGUUGCAACUAUUGUUCUAUAAGCGAAAAAGCUUUUUAAAACUUCUAAUGAAAUUUGACUGUAAAAAUAUACAUAUAUAGCGUUUUUUUAGCCUUUUCAUCGACUAUCAUUAUUAAGUGCUGUAAAGCUGACUUAAUAACUGUAACAAUAAAAUGAUAAAAUUGCUAAGGCAAA